CGCUACGGCUACAAAGAGAGUGCAGGAAGCAGAGUGCCCGGCUUCUAAGGAGGGGUUGAAUCUGUGACCCAGGGAGAGCUGCGUGUACCUGGAGUUAGCGAAAGAAGACCAGGAGCACGGCUGAGGCUUCUCGGACCGGUGUCCCUCUGCCUGGGAGCCCGGCUCUCCCCCUCCCUCCAGCCCGGCCAUGCCCUGGGAUCUGAGCUCCAGCAGUCCCGGGAACGGUCAGCAGGAAUCCCGGUGGCGGAAACGCUGCAGGAAAUCAUCAUUCGCUUUCUACCAGGCGGUACGGGACCUGCUGCCCGUCUGGAUGCUGGAGGAGAUGAGGACCAUGGAGGUGUUCCACUGGGAGGACAGCGGCCGCAUGAGCAGCUAUUCGCCGUCCGAGGCUUUGCUUUAUGCCCUUGUACAUGACCAUCAGGCAUACGCCCGGUACCUACUGGCUGAGCAUCCCCGGGCUGCCCUGGCUAUGCCCAGCACCAGCUUCUGCUGCUGUUCGGCCCUCGGCCAGCACCUGGCCAUGGCUGUGCGCUAUAACCGGGUCGCCACCCUGGCGCGGAUCCUGUCCAGCCUGCAGCACUUACCGGAGAAUGAGCGGCGCCAGUACAUCGACCGCCGGGGCUGCGAGCAUGUGGAGAGCGGCAAGACCCCGCUGCAUUUGGCGUGCGAGCUGGCCAGGCCCGAGUGCUUGACCCUGCUGCUCGGUCACGGCUCUUCCCCUUACAUCAGGGACUGCCGCGGAGACACGGCACUGGACACCUUACUGCAGCAACUGGGCUCUAGUCCCCUGGAUAGUCCCAGGAAGAUCAGCUGCCUGCACCACCUCCUGCUCUUCAUGCCCCGACUCCAGUUUCAGAUGAAGGCGGCGUUGAAGGACAAUGCCAGUUUCUGGCAGACACUUCUGGGGACACAGCUCUUCCAAUGGCUCUCGGGCUUCAGCCCCGCUCCCCUCUUCAUAAAGGCCAUGCAAACUUUAAUCAGGACGAUCGACCCCGAGAAAUUCCCGGAGGCUCUGGCCGAAUUACCUAUAUCUCAUCUCCUCCGAACUCUGGACUUUAAACUGACUGCAGGCGGCACUGCCCAUUCAAACUUAACAUAAUGCCGUAUUUAUCCUUUUUUAGCGAUUUUUAUAAACAGACUUUAUAUAUUUAUACAUAAUUUUAAAAAUGUUACUUUGCUAGUAAGUGAACGGCCUAAUCUAGAUUAAUGCCAAACCGAUAUGUGGUGAACUUUGGAAUUAAGAAUUCUCCAGGAGUUUCAGCAAAGUGUAUCGAACUGUCGAUUCCUGAAGUUUGUAAUAUAUUAUUGAUUCAACUUUCUUUUGCGAGAAUAAAUCUAUUUUAAUGCAUUUGACUAUGAA